AUGUCGUCCAAUGAUCUCUCCAAAUCGUUUGACACUGUGCCCAAGCUCACUGGGAAAGAGAACUACCUGGUAUGGCAUCAGAGGUUAACAGUUGUCCUCUUCAUGACUCGAACUUGCUCGUUCGUUCUCCCCACCACCAUUGCACCAACUGCUACCACUACAAUCCCCUCCACUGGAUCAUCCCUUUCGCUCAAAGCCUGGAACAAACAAGAUGAACAGGUUGCUGCCGCCAUCCUCCACUCCACUUCUGAGGAUAUCCUCUCUGCUCAUCUUCACCUUUUGUCACCCAUUGAUCCUCCUUCGACCGAUCGACCGGUUUCCACCACCAUUGCCCCUGCUUAUCGAGCUCGAACAAUCUAUGAUUCCCUCAAGAAGACCUAUGGAACUACUGGUGCUCAAUAUUCGUUCGCUCUUGGGAAGAAAUUUGUGGAGAACCGGUGUUCAGAGGAUGAGGAUGUUGAGGAAUGGGUGAACAAAGUGCUCGCUCAAUAUCGUGAUCUCAAAGUUCUUUCGUACGAUCUCAAUCAACUCUGUGUCAAUGUUCUCCUCAAUGGUCUUCCUGAUCGCUUCAGUUCGUGUUAUGACCCUACGUGUCAUGCCCCAAGACAUUGGGUAAACCCAUACUUAGAUGUACUCAACUAG